AGCUGUGGUCUUCAUCGGGGCGCUUUUGGGGGUGGGGGUUCUUCCACCUGUAGCAGCUAGAAGGAAUGUCCAUCCAACUCCAAAUGGAAAAGAAUGAUGCUUCAAGUCAUACUACAGUAGUGAACUUCUGAUGAAGUUUUGCUAGAUGAGGAGCUCAAAGUUAGAAAAGUCAUGACGAUGAUCAUCUAAAGCCGUUACGGAGCUUUUUUUGGGGGGGGUUGUUUGUUUUUUCUCACGCAUGAUGUACGGCGAUGGCGUGGUGUGACCGUGGGCUUCAGACUCUGCUGGCUAUCGUGGGUGCCUUCGCCGCCUUCAGCCUCAUGAGCAUAGCCAUUGGCACCGACUAUUGGCUGUACUCGCGGGCGUACAUCUGCAACGCCACCAACGUCAGUACGGACGAGAGUCACAUGCAAACCAGGAAAGUCAAAGGCGACCUCACGCACUCUGGGUUGUGGAGGAUCUGCUGCAUAGAAGGUAUCAACAGAGGAAGCUGUUUUCGAAUCAAUCACUUCCCAGAGGAUAACGACUAUGACACGGACAGCUCCGAGUACAUCUUACGUAUUGUGCGUGCGUCCAGUCUCUUCCCCAUCCUCAGCACCAUCCUGCUGAUGCUGGGCGGCUUGUGUGUUGGCGUUGGACGCAUCUACAGUCGGAAGAACAACAUCCUGCUCAGUGCUGGCAUUCUCUUUGUGGCUGCAGGCCUAAGCAACAUCAUCGGCAUCAUCGUUUACAUCUCCAGUAACGCCGGUGAUCCGAGUGACAAGAAAGAUGAGGACAAGAAGAACCAGUACAACUAUGGCUGGUCCUUCUACUUUGGCGCCCUCUCCUUCAUCGUGGCAGAAUCUGUGGGGGUCCUCGCUGUUAACAUAUAUAUUGAGAAAAACAAAGAGACGCGCUGCCGAGCCAAGCGCAACUUCAUCAAAUCCACAGCCUCGUCUUCGCCUUACAUCCGUAUCCCAAGUUACCACCACAGACGGAGGCGCUCACGGUCCAGCUCAAGGUCGUCGGACCCGUCGCGUGAGCCCUCCCCAGGAGGGGCAAAAUUGGGGAGAGGAAGGGUUGGGGAGGAACGGCUGGGGAUGGGCUUGCAGGUGGGAGACAUAUCCCUGUAUUCCAUGAGCAGGGACCCUUUGAAGGGAGAAAGGCACUACAGUCCUGAGAGGGACUUUUUACAAGUCCACAACUGCUUCCAGAAAGAUGUGCAAGAUGGCAGCAACAGGAAGACCACACCCGUUUGAGUCUUGUUGUACUUUGUAAGCAGUUUCUCUCUUGAAGUUGGGCAUACACUGUACUGAAUUUAGUGUGAAGUACUCACACUGAACGGACUGGACCAGCUGAGUGACACGAAAUGUCACACUGUACCUUUGUGUUGCUGCUUUUCCUCUUAAAUCCUGUAGAUGGCAGUAGUGCACAUUGUUGCCCAACAUUACCGAUUCUCAAACCACUGACACUGAAGAGGAUAUUUUCGCCACCUGCGGACUCAAAAUGCUAACCACAAACAACUUGCUUUCCCUGAUUAUCUGUGCCUUGAUCUGUACCGAAAACUCAAAGAAAAAGGCAUACAGUAUGUGCAUACAGACACGCAACACCAUUGAUUAUUUAUGCACUGGUGAAAAAUUUUGCACCAACAUAGCGAAGGGUAGAAGCUUGAAAUUUGGGAAAUCUAAUCAUAACUGUAGAAAUUUGUCAUCUUAUGCCGAUUAAAUUACUGAUAAUCUUCCUCUUUCUCAUGCUUAAAACAUUGCACGAAUAACAUUGGCGGUAAAGACUUAAAUCUAAGUGUAGAUAGGUCAGAGUUUGAUCAAUGGUUUGCUUGCACCAUCAUUUGACAUUUGAAUUAUUUCACUGCCAUUUACAAAAAUAGGAUAGUGUUAUUAUUUCAAUAACCGACGGGCUGAAAUUGCUGCUCUUAUUUCUUUGCUCUUGUUUGAUGGAAGAAUUCAGUGGUGCCUUGUUUUUUGUUAUUAAUCCGUUCCAAAGGGUCCCUCUAAAACCGAAUCGUAUGAAAACUGAAAAAUUUUUUCCAUAGGAAACAAUGUAAAUCCAAAUGAAUUGGUUCCAGACACCCAAAAAUGUUUACACAAAACAUUUUUUGAUAUAGAACAAUAACAUUUUAAUAUGGAAUAUUAGUUUUACAUGCAGAAAUCUAUACGAACUACACCUUGAUUAAAGGCUCUUGUUGACAAGGGCCAGGGAGGUACGAGGGGAGGAAAUAGCCACACAAGCAACACCUUCGUACUUUGCUACGAGUUAUUUCUUGAAUUCAAUAGUGUUUCUUAACUCAUUUUUCUUUGGCUCCAUGGUGGAUUAUUUAACAGCCAUACUCAAUAAAUAAAGCAGAGACUUGUGGUGCAACUGUCUUACUUAGCAAAGAACUAGUCAACCACUGAUGAUGUCAAAGAUGGGUAACGGAACUCGGGGCAGAAACUUCGGGGUGGGAGUUGAGAGCAUUCUAACAGACACAUUUUGUAAAAAAGACUUUACAAACACAGUUGGACUUACGCAGUUUAUACUUGACAAGACUGCCAAACAUUUUCGUCAAAUGCCAUUAUACCAUCAUACAAUAACUGCCGUUUGAAAACCAAGGCUCCACUGUAUAUAACAUAACUGAGGCAAAUGUAUCUCCAAAGUGGUUGCGAGAGUUUACAAGAAUCUCUUUGAUCUAAUCUAGGAUGUGUGUCUGCAUACCUUCAUCCAGCUGGUGCUAUACCUCUUCAGAUAUUUCCCCACCUACAAGAAACUGUACAAAGAUUAUAUGUACAAUAAAACAGCUCUCCUACAUUUCAAAAAUGCUGUUUGCCAUUUCAAAGCAGUUACUGCAUACUGUAUUAUUUCCAUGCUACCCCCAAAUUUGCGUUUCUGUACAAAGUCCUACUAAAAUCUUGUGAGCUCUUGUUAGUCAGCGUGAAAUGUGCGUAACAGCUCUGAAACACUGCCACUUGGACACAUCUAAAAUGUGUGUCACCUGUAAAUAAGAGGUUCCAAACAAAACAUGUCACAACAUUUCAGGGUGUAAUGUGUCCUGUAUGUGCUUAUGCAGCUCAGCUUAAAUAUUUGUGUUGUUUGCUCAGGGAUGUUGUAGGGGACAAAUUAUAGUUUACCGCUGUCCAAGGAAAAACAAGUAUCUUCAAAUUUUGUGAGGGUUUUUUGGUUUUUAUGUGGAAAACAUUUCUUGGGGAAGCAUGAAGGUGCACGUGGUUACAACGUGUUAGUUCCAUGUCUUCCCUGUGUUUGUGUAGGUUUUCUGUGAGGACUCUGCAUUAUUUAAAUGCAUUUGUAAAAAUAAAGGCUUUACCCAGAAUAGACGCCUUGUACUCUACGGAUGAUUAAAUGAAUGCCUUUGUUUGUUUUGGUUUUGUCACUUAAACCAGACUGUUACAAUGGUGUGUACAAUAUUAACAGAACUCUUGAUUAUGAAAUCUCUGCCUUUGUGCCAUGAGUGUUUUUUUCAUGUGUGUUGUGUACUUUUAUGCCGCUAGCUCAACAAUCAUAUUGCAUGGUGGGUGUUUGAAAUUUGCGUAUUUACGUCCGCAUUCGCCUUUUUCAGACGUUUUUACUCAAAUACAGUGCUGUCAUAAAUUUAGCAAAAGAUGUUUGUAUUUAUAGUUCAUUAGUGGUGUAAUACAAAUAAAAGGGAUUCAUUUUAACAUACACAAUGCUUCUAGAGGUUGUGUUUGGGUAAUGAUGCAGUGCUACGAGGCUGUGUGACAGUCGGCCGAGCAUGAGGUGUUAAAGUGAAAGUGCACGAGCCAGCUGAGUGCUCAACUGAACUACUGGGCUGCUGAAUGUGUGCUCUCCCAUACCUCCCAUGUCUCGUCACAUGAGCUCAAGCAAAGCGGGUGUUGUUUGUGUGCAAUGACUCAUUUCUGCUACCGUGCACACUUGACUUAGCUUGAUGGUUCGAAAUAUUUUGCCCAGUCUGGGAUCGCUUUAGCUCGACCUCAUUGACAAGUAUCAUGGUGGUUGCUUGUGAGUCUUUUGCACCUUGAAUUACAAUGGACUUAUUUUGAGUGUGCAUGUGUGUGUGCAUGUACGCCAAACUGGUCUUAUGACCUUGUUUGCCCCCUGCAGCUCUGUCCUCUGUCAAUCAGUCAAAGCUGUUGGGCUCAGCAAUGUCUACAGCCAUGGAUCUACUCUGAUAUUUUC